AUGACUGGAGAAGGAGAAUGGAUGAGACUGGAGAAUUCAGGAGGUUUGACUUUACCUCCAGAUGAAAUCAUAUCAAGUCAUACCAUCAACUCAGGGAUUGUCCCGAUAGAAUGUUACGAACACUGUCAGAAAGAACCGGCAUGUGUUGGGUUCAACUACAGAGAAAAGAUCAACAUUGUGAACUGCCAACUGACCAACAUCACAGGAAAGACAGAUCACGUCAUAAUGGACGGAGAUGGAGAAUGGAUACUAAUGAACGACGAAAAAGCAGCAAAGAUUGAGGAAGAAAAGAAAAAAAGUGACACUUUGAAUUUAGCUAGCAGUUGUGCCCAUCUGUAUCACCAAGGAAUAAGACAAGAUGGUGUUUAUACUAUCAAUCCUGAUGGUCUGGGUUCGUUUGAAGUCAGAUGUGAUAUGAAUAUAAGCAAAGCCGGAGGUGGCUGGACCGUGUUUCAAAGAAGACAAGGUGGAAGUCAAGAUUUCUAUCGUGGAUGGUCGGACUAUAAAGCUGGGUUUGGUGAUCUUAACGGCGAGUUCUGGUUGGGCCUGGAUAAAAUACAUCGUUUGUCCAAAUCUGGUCAAAAUGUUCUAAGAGUUGAUUUGAUGGAUUUCAAUGGCGCUGAACGUCAUGCUAAAUAUGGAACGUUUAGUGUGGCUGAUGAAUCAGACAAAUACAGAUUAAAUAUUGGAAAUUAUUCAGGUGACGCGGGUAAUUCCCUCGGUUCUCACAAUCAAAUGCAGUUCACUUCCAAGGAUAGCGACAAUGAUGAAAGUAUUCGCAAUUGUGCUAUUACGUGGCGAGGAGCUUGGUGGUACAAAAAAUGCCAUUCAUCCAACCUCAACGGCCUGUACCUUGGUGCAGGUCAAAUUAAUGCCACCGGAAUAAGCUGGUACCAUUGGAAAAAGUCCCAUUAUUCAAUGAAAAAGACGGAGAUGAAAAUCCGUCCAUAUCAGUUUUGA